AUGGCACCAAGAAAAGGGUUUGACUAUGUUACCUACAACCAGCGGAUAAAGUGCAAAGUGUGUAAAAAGAUACGGGAACAGUCUGCGUUUUCGAAACGCCAACUUGAAGAGCUUUCCAAAGGGAUGCUAAAAACAGGCUGUAACGGCAUCAGUGGGCAAAUCUACGCCGGCUGUAUGAAUUGCAUAUCUGGCCAGGUUGUCGAGCUUACCUGCUGUGUUUGUGACACGACCAUGGCUUUGGAAUUCUUUAGCAAAAACCAGCGUCAUGAUCCGGAUAAUGCAGGCCAUUUAGAAAGGGAGCCCAUCUCUGAGGACCUAACGGAAACAAUGGAGGACGAAGCCAACCUCGCCGCUUCGACCACUUUCGGUCAGAGCCAACGAGGCGACUUCACCAUCCCCUCUUUUCAAGGCCAUUCUCUCGCUCAUAACAUGUACUGGCAAGAAGGCUCGGUUGCCGAAGCCUCCAACACCAACGACGUCGAUAGUGACGAGGACAACUUUUCUGUUCCUAGUGGAGGUGUCUGGCUGGAACAGCCGAGGAGACGCCUGCUUACCGAAACUUCGCAUGAAGGAGAGGGCGCUAAGUUCACUGCUUUUGACCCCCAGGGCAAUCCCCAUAUCCGUACUGCUGAGUCACCAUCCGUCACUAUGCGUAGUGGAUGGGAGGGUUGGGUUGUUACGGCGCAGAGCAGAGCGAGCAGCAACACAGGUCCAACAAGAGGCAAAGGCAGCCGUGGUGGUUUUGCGAAAGCCCCCGGGAUGCGUUUUCCGAAAAGUGAGGCUCCGACCAUGCGUCGCCCCCAGCCGACCGCGGCUACGAUAGAAUCCGACGACGACGAUGAGGACGAUGACCCGCAAAAUUACAUUUAG